UUCCACUACGCCACCUUAGUGGCUGAGGACAGACUUGAAUGUUCUCAUACGAAACAGAAUCUGGUUGUUGCUUCACACCUGAUAAUGUGGGUUUUGGUGAGUCCUAAUAUGUUUAUUAAUUUCCAUUACUAUUUGUGUUAUCAUGUUUAAUAAGAAGGAAAGGUGCUUUGUUGAAGCUGCCGAGACUGGGAAUAUGAUGGUGUCAAGAGAGAGCUCACUGGUCACACCGAUGUUAAUUCGCAAGAUAAGGACGGAACAACUGCCAUUUCUUAUGCUGCAUUGAAUGGUCACAUUGAUAUUGUGCGUCUUCUGAUAGAAGCUAAUGCUGACUUAAACCUACCAGAUAAGGAUGGUUUUACUCCACUCUAUGUUGCCUGUCAAGGUGGGCACAAGCUAAUAGUUGACAUUCUGUUGAAGAAUGGAGCCAAUGUGAAUCUCACCACGACAGUUGAUCCUCUCUCGUCUCCUCUGGGGAUAGCUGCUGGAAAAGGUCACACAGAGAUUGUGGAGAAACUGAUAUCAGCUGGAGCUGUCAUCAACUACCAGAACAAGGAUGGUUGUACUCCACUCUAUAUGGCCUGUCAGAAUGGACACAAGCAGACAGUUGAUGUUCUGUUGAAGAAUGGAGCAAAUGCUAAUCUGACCGAGGCA